AUGUCAAGUUACAGUAAGGCGUUGCCAAUAUUAAUGAAAGCUCCUGUCACUGAUGACAUAAUAAGGUUUCUAACAAAUGCCACUUUAAAAGUCUUACCUGCAUCGAAUUAUCCAUCUCCACCAAGUUCACCAAAUGAUGAAUACCAACCUCGUCUUCCCUCUUUAAUGACAUUCAUAACGAAUUUGGUUAGGUACACAAAUGUCUACACACCAACCUUAUUAACUACCGUUUGUUAUUUAAAUAAAUUAAAACGUCUAUUACCAAAGGAUGCAACUGGUUUACCAUCUACUAUCCAUCGUAUCUUUUUAGCAUGUCUCAUAUUAAGUGCUAAAUUCCAUAACGAUUCAUCUCCGCUAAAUAAACAUUGGGUCAAAUAUACUGAUGGUUUGUUCACUUUAGAAGAUGUCAAUCUAAUGGAAAGACAACUAUUACAAUUAUUAGAUUGGGAUUUAAGAGUUAGUGAAGAUGAUUUACUAAUUGAUCUAGAGAUGUUAUUGGAACCAAUUAGAGAAGACUUAGAAAGAUCAAGAAGAAGAAGGAUUUUAUCUAACACCAAUAACAACAAGAAGAGACUACCCUCUUUCAACGAUGGUUACAUUAGUCCAAUUUCAAGUAGACCAACAUCUCCAAAUUCAUAUCAACAACCCAAUCAAAAAUUCUAUAACUUACAAAGAAAUGUGUCGGUUGCAUCCAAUUUAAGUUCGAGUAGUACGUUAAUUGGAAGUAUGAAUGAUUUAAAGAGAUUCACAAAUGUGAGGACGAAUAGUAAUACUCAGUUAGAGAAAUUAAAUAGUAUGAAUGAUUCACAAAAGAGACAAAGCUGGGAUUUGGAACAAGUUAUGAAUCAAUAUGGAUUCUAA